GAUGCCAAAAGUUAUUCAGUCUUCAAUGAGCGAUUAUCGUUCCGUCCCAUACAAUCAAACUCCAAAAUCAGCUUCUGAACGGAAAAGAAGAAAUAUUACAAACGAGUUGAUUAACGAAUGCAAGACGAUUGUUCAAAAAUCAGAAGAAGAACAUAUAUCACAAGAAGUAGUUCUCUUCCGAAUUGUGAAACUUGUGACUGGAGUUAAUCUGGAAUCUAAUUUCUCAUCGAAUGACCUCUCCGAAUCUACAAGACGGAAGUUUGAUACUGAAUCCGAAAGAAGAAAAGUGAAGACUGAACGUGAAAAGAUUCGAAGAAAGAAACAAGAUGACUGUUAUGCUGAAUUGAAAUUCUUCAUUUUGAACAAACAAAUGGGAAGUUACGAGCAACGAUUAAAACUUGAACGGAUCACAAUUCUAGAAAUCAUCAUUGAUUACAUUAAACACAAUUCCGAUCUUCUGUAUCCAGAAACAAUUCCCCAAAUACUUCCUCUUUUAGCUGGAAAAUCAACUGCUACUUGUGAGAACAAAGAGAAUGAAAAGCCAAAAACACGAAUGGAAGUGAAGGAUCUCUUCCCAAGAUUGACGUUUCAAGAAGUUCAAGAAUCCCCAACAUCUACUUCUCCAUUGCUCACAUUUCCAUGUAUUCCAAUGAUCCCAACUACUCAGUUCAAUGUCUUGUCAAACUACAACACCGUUCCAUCAAUAUUUUCUGCUCCCCUCCGAUUCAUUCUUCCAUCACUUCAAAUCUUAACACCAGAAACUAGUGACGAGGAAGAAAAUGAAGAAACCCUCGAUAUAAUUAACUAGUCUAUCGAUCUCCUGCAAAUUUACAAUUUCUGAAAAAAAACUUAUUAUACUCUAUUCUAAGGCUGUCAAAACUUUCCUGGUUUUCUUUCAUUAUAUUUUUCACAUCCCCGUAAUCUCAAAUUAUGCCACAUUCACAAUAUCAACUUGUCAUUGUUUCAUUAUGUCACCAAACUUUUUGAAUGUUUAUCUAAUGCCAAUAUAUUGAAAAUGUAUUAUACUUAUGAUAAGCCAAAUUCUAAUAAAUUGAAAUUUUGUU